UGCGUGCGGAGGUCGCUCGGGACGUGCGGGAGCAGAGGGCACGAGCCGGGGAAGGGCCCGAGAGGCAGGUUCCCUUGACCCCAGACCCCCCUGUUUUCAGGCUAUGGCCCCCAGUGCCCUGUAGACCUGGCGCGACUCCCCUGCUUCCGACCCCUAUUUGGGGCCCUGGGUGGCUACUGGAGGGCCGUGCAGAGGGGCAGAGAAGGCAGGACCAUGGCAUCUAGGGCCUUUGCACCUCCCCCAGGGCGCAGCGUGACGGCGGGCAUCAUCAUUGUUGGAGAUGAGAUCCUCAAGGGACACACUCAGGACACCAACACCUACUUUUUGUGCCGGACACUGCGCUCCCUGGGGGUCCAGGUGUGCCGCGUCUCUGUUGUCCCUGAUGAGGUCACCACGAUUGCAGCCGAGAUCACUUCUUUCUCCAGUCGCUUCACCCACGUCCUCACAGCAGGGGGCAUCGGCCCCACUCAUGACGACGUAACCUUUGAGGCUGUAGCACAGGCCUUCGGGGAUGAGCUUAAACCACACCCCGAGCUGGAAGCAGCCAUCAAAGCCCUAGGAGGGAAGGGCUGGGAGAAGCUGUCUCUGGUGCCCUCCUCUGCCCGCCUACAUUACGGCAUAGAUCCUCAAACGGGCCAGCCCUUCAAAUUCCCGCUGGUCUCUGUCCGAAACGUCUACCUCUUCCCAGGCAUUCCCGAGCUGCUGAGGAGGGUGCUGGAGGGGCUAAAGGGGCUGUUCCAAAACACAGCUGUGCAGUUCCACCUGCGGGAGCUCUAUGUGGCCGCUGAUGAGGCCUCUAUCGCCCCCAUCCUGGCUGAGGCCCAGGCCCACUUUGGGCGCAAGCUUGGCCUGGGUUCCUACCCUGACUGGGGCAGCAACUACUAUCAGGUGAAGCUGAUGCUGGACUCGGAGGAGGAAGGGCCCCUGGAAGAAUGCCUGGCCUACCUGACUGCCCAUCUUCCCCCGGGGUCGCUGGUCCCCUAUGUGCCCGAUGCUGUGCAGCAGGCCAGUGAGGCCGUAUACAAACUGUCAGAGUCAGAGUCUUCCCUGGGGAAGAAGGUGGCAGGUGCCCUGCAGACUAUCGAGACUGCCCUGGCUCAGUAUGGCCUCACCCACCUCUGUGUGGGCUUCAAUGGCGGCAAGGACUGCACCGCACUGCUGCACCUCCUCCAUGCGGCCGUGCAGAGGAAAUGCCCCGAUGCUCAGGAACCCCUGCAGAUCCUGUAUAUCCGCAGCAUCUCCCCUUUUCCCGAGCUGGAGCAGUUCCUCCAGGAUACCAUCAAGAGGUAUAAUCUACAGGUGUUGGAGGCUGAGGGCGACAUGAAGCAGGCCCUGAGCGAGCUGCAGGCGCGGCACCCCCAACUGGAGGCUGUCCUGAUGGGCACGCGCCGCACGGACCCCUACUCCUGCAGCCUCUGCCCCUUCAGCCCCACUGACCCUGGCUGGCCUGCCUUCAUGCGUGUCAACCCGCUGCUGGACUGGACCUAUAGAGACAUCUGGGACUUCCUGCGUCAGCUCUUUGUCCCGUACUGCAUCCUAUAUGACCGAGGCUACACGUCCCUGGGGGGCCGGGAGAACACGGUGAGGAACCCGGCCCUGAAGUGCCUGAGCCCAGGGGGACAGCCCACCUACCGUCCUGCCUACCUACUUGAGAACGAAGAGGAGGAGCGGAACUCCCGCACAUGACCUCGCACUCAUCCGCUCCAGGAGCUGGGAGGGAGGCCUUCCUGGGGUGUAACCUGUCAAUAAACCGUGCCUCUCCUGGG